AUGCGGCUCGUUCGAAGCCUCUGGAGAAGCGUGUAUUACGAUGUGCCGGAGAGGUACGAGAAGGCCGUUUUCAACGCGAACGCCAAUCUCUUCGAGAUGGUGAACUAUUACGCGUCGAAAGCGUUCUCCACGGUUUACGCGGAUCUGGUGGGCGGUUUGAAUAGGAACGAGGAGGAAGCGGAGAGUUUCGUUAGAGGAUUCAUCGAUUCGUUGGAACCUUGCGACGUCUUCGCCGAGUACCAUUUCCCCGUGGAUCGGAAGAUCGGCGUAAGGGAAUCUGUUAAGGCUAUUAGAGCUUACCACGGAUGUUCUUGGAAUUCCACUACUUUGGGCGGGUUGAAGCUGAAGGAGAACUUGAGCGAGGAGACGAUGCGCGGUUUGGCUGCUCUUUCCACGUACAGGAACGCUUGCUACGACCUCGACGUUGCAGGAGCUUUCGGCGGUUUGCAGCUAUCAAAAGCCCAUUACGAGCCUGAAGAUCUGCAAUUGGCGUUAAGCAAAUACGCGGAUAAGUUGAGAUCGAAUCGCGGAGCGAUGGAUGUCCUGCAAACUUCCCUUUUGAGCACGAGCGAUUCCAAGUUGCAUUCCAGUGGAAAAGACUUCAACGAAGCAGGGGCUAAAACGGCUGUAGCCGUUUUAUUGAAGACGUUAGAUCUUCAGCAUUUGGAUGAUAAAACCUUCAUCUUACAUGGUAUCAAUGGUCUUGGUACAAAGAUUGGUAGAGAUUUGAACGCUUUAGGAGCCAAAUGUAUUGGAGUUUUGGAUAGGCCUUGUUCUUUCCACGAUUCAAAUGGAAUCAUGCUCAAAGAAUUGUUGAGGCACAUGAAGAAAUACGGUACGAUGCUGAAUUUCAGGCCGAAGGUCAGAGAGAACGACGGGGAUAAAAUCUUCGGUGAAGAGUGCGAUAUUCUGGUGUUGGCGGACGAAGAGGUCGCAUUGAACUUCAACAACGCCGAAAGGGUUACGGCCAAAACGGUUUUGGAGGCUUCCGUCGGACCGGUGACGCCUAUAGCAGAUAAAAUAUUGAAUUCCAAAGAGAUUGUUGUUGUGCCGAGCAUACUUGCCGGAUCCGGGAAGGCGUUGAUGGCUUAUUUCGAUUACAUGGAGAGAGGUGGCGGUAGCGCUUCUCGCGUCUCCGAAGAUGUUCUGUUGCAGAAGGUCCAUGAAGUUGUCCAGGAAACGCUGGUGCUCAAGGAUGCACUAGGCGUGGAUCUGAGGACGGCCGCUUAUGUUAAGGCCAUCAAGAGGUUGUUCAACGUCAUGCUCGAUUUGGAGGUGAAGAAGGCCGAGGUUUUUGCCCAUCAGAAGGAAUAA